CUCUUUUCCGUGUGACACAAAACAAUGAACACAAACUGCAGCGCUGAGCUUAAAACAUGAUUUGGAGCUCAGUGGGCUUUAGCUUUAUUGAUGUUUUGUGGUCAUUUCUGUCUGUAUGUUUCCUUGUAGCUUUUGUCGCACACAAGAUCUCAACACACCUGCCGAGGAAAUAUGAAACAUCUCGUCUUUAUGUGUUAUUUCAGGAUCUUAUUCGGUACGGAAAAACCAAACAAAACCUCAAACGAGACGACUUAUUGUUAGUGUUUGACGUCCCCAAAAGAUGGUUCUGGCACUUCUAUGCCAUCUCUACUGGGUGGAAUGGUCUUCUUCUGGCUUUAUCCCUGAACUUCAUAUUACAGCAUCAGUCAUACCCAGUAUGGCUGACUGGGAUGUUAGACAUGUUGACAGGUGUACCACACGAAGACAGUCAAGUCCCUCAGCUGUCCACUCUACUGGUGCUGCUGCUGCUCUGGGUCCACUCCCUCAGGAGGCUGCUGGAGUGCCUGUUCAUCAGUGUUUUCUCUGAUGGAGCCAUGCAUUUGGUGCAAUAUGUGUUCGGUCUGGGGUAUUAUGUCGUACUGGGGUUGACGGUGCUCUGCUCAGAUCGCCUAGGAAAAGGGACUGGCCCUCUCCUCUCACAGCUGAACUGGUUGCAUGUAGCUGGAGGCGCACUUUUCAUUUUGGCCUCACUGCUGCAGCAUCAGUCUAUGGUCCUGCUGGCAAGACUGCGCACUGGAAAGUCAGGAGCAGUGGAGACACUGGCUCACAGAGUGCCAGAGGGAGGCGGGUUCGAGCUGGUGUCAUGCCCGCAUUACUUUGCAGAGCUGCUGAUCUACGUCUCACUGAGCUUAGUUUUUGGAGGCCUCUCUCUUACCUGGUGGCUUGUUGUCCUUUAUGUGCUCUUCAACCAGGCGCUGGCAGCUCAGCUUUGUCAUGACCUUUACACUAGCAAAUAUGAGUCAUACCCAAGGCAUAGAAAAGCAUUUAUACCUUUUGUGCUGUGAAUGUCUGUUAACUAAAGGAAGUACGGCAGUAAAACUCA